GUCUCCUUCGCUUUCACCAUCAGUUCAUGGUUGACCAUCCUCUCCCUCUCCUAUUUUUUUUAAUCCCCAUCCAAAUUUAAAGCGCCGGCUAAAGAUAGCCCAGCCUGCGGAGCAGUAUAUAAGCCCCCGGGAAUAUACGUAAAAUGCGGCUUCACACUGUCUUCUCUUUCUUGAUCACCCAAAGCUCCUCUCACAGCUUCUGAAGAUGGCACCAAAGAAGGCCAAGAGGAGGCAGGCAGCAGGAGACGGCGGCUCCUCCAACGUGUUUUCCAUGUUUGAGCAGAGCCAGAUCCAGGAGUACAAAGAGGCCUUCACAAUCAUUGACCAGAACAGAGACGGCAUCAUCAGCAAAGAUGACCUCAGAGACGUGCUGGCAUCAAUGGGCCAACUGAACGUGAAGAAUGAGGAGCUGGAGGCCAUGAUCAAGGAAGCCAGCGGCCCCAUCAACUUCACCGUCUUCCUCACCAUGUUCGGAGAGAAGCUGAAGGGUGCCGACCCAGAGGAUGUUAUUCUCUCUGCCUUCAAAGUCCUGGACCCCGAGGGAACCGGAUCCAUUAAGAAGGAAUUCCUGGAGGAGCUCCUGACCACUCAGUGCGACAGGUUCUCCGCGGAGGAGAUCAAGAACAUGUGGGCCGCCUUCCCCCCAGAUGUGGCCGGCAACGUCGACUACAAGAACAUCUGCUACGUCAUCACACACGGAGAGGAGAAGGAGGAGUAAAGAGAAACCUAGAAGACAAGAAAGACAGCUAUCCCUCUGCUUUCUGCCUUCCCCUACCUCCUCUGUCCUCCUUUUCCUCCCCGCUCACCCAAAGCCGUCACACUUGCACAUGGGAUGGUUGAGGCCUGGAGAAGAUCUGCUUAUGGGGAAUAGGGAUGAUUUUCAAUAAAACGAUUCUGUAAAGUCAUUUCCAACUGCACGCUUUGCUCAAACCCUUUCCUUCCUUCCUUUUCAUUCGUUUCGCUCCGUCACAUCAUCCUCUAGCGGACACAAACCACCUGCUGCACACCGCAGCGUGGUUUCAAGGACCUCAUUCCAAAUUUUGAAGAUGUCCUCCAAGAUAGAGAACAAUGAGAGGAGGAAGCGUUUCCUCAGAGCAGAAGGAAAACAUCCUUAAAACCAUCUUUACUUUAAAACCUAAAAGCAAAAUAGGCUGAAAGGAGAGGAAAGGAGAAAAGACAAAAGAAAACAUUUCAAUCUUUGAUUUUUUUCUCCUCCUCUCCAUCCAGCCUCCAGUCCACCCCCCUUUUUUCCAUAAGCCGUCUCAAAUCCGGCAUUUUGCAUUUCCUCUGUAACCAAUAAAAGGGACAAAAUGUGAAUAAAACCACUUUCCUUUUUGUA